AUGGGAAGAAGAGGAAAGUCGCCGCCGUUUUUCUCAAACCUGGCCAUCCUCAUCUACCUCGCAGCGCCGGCGCCCUAUCCGCUCCUUCCGUUCCUUGCGCUCGGCGCGCAGGAUAUCAAGAGGAGGGAAGAGGCGCUGAAGAAUGAUGACGAUUAUCUUGUUGCUAGCACCGAUGGGGUGGGGACAAAGCUGAAGCUUGCUUUCGAAACUGGUAUUCAAGAUACAAUCGGCAUUGACCUGGUGGCAAUGAGCGUCAAUGACAUUGUAACUCUAGGUGCAAAACCAUUGUUCUUCCUAGAUUACUAUGCAACGAGCAAGCUUGAUGUUGAUCUUGCAGAGAAGGUUAUCAAGGUGAUUAGGGAUGGCUGCGAACAAUCAGAUUGUGCUCUCCUAGGAGGGGAGACAGCAGAAAUGCCUGGUUUCUAUGUAGAGGGUGAAUAUGAUCUAAGUGGUUUUGCUGUGGGUGUUGUGAAGAAGGAUAAAAUCAUUGAUGGAAAAAACAUUGUUAAGGGAGAUGUGCUUAUAGGUCUUCCUUCCAGUGGUGUUCAUUCUAACGGGUUCUCUCUUGUUAGAAGAGUACUGGAGAAAAGUGGACUUUCUUUGGAUGAUCAGCUCCCAAGAAAUGAUGGCAUAACAACUACGGUUGGUGAAGCUCUAAUGGCACCAACCUUCAUCUAUGUUAAGCAGGUGCUUGAGAUUAUUAGCAAAGGUGGUGUGAAAGGACUAGCCCACACUUUAAAAGGCAUGUAUUUAUGCUCGUUUAUACGAGCACAAUAGUUAAAAUCACUGACGUAUAGGUGACAUUCAAAUUUCAAACUUUUUAUUAUUAGGGCUUAAUGUUUUUAUGCUCUCAUGGAUAUUAUAUAUGCAGUUGUUAUAAAACAUUUAGAAAAUAUGAAGUUCAAUCCUAGUUAUACUUUUCUACAUAAUUUUUUACACAACAAAAUGGCAUUUAGACAUUUAGUUAUUCUCACUGGUACACGGUUACAUGAUACAUGCAUUUGUUUUUUUAUAGUUUUUGGUUCUAUAUUCAUGGUUCAAUCAAAUCUUUUAUUGUUUUGCAAUGUUCUUUACAAUAUAUUCAGUGCUCCAGGGAAAAGGUGCCUCACUAUCAUAAAAUUAACAUCGCUGAUCCAUUUAUUCUUAUGCACACAAAUAAUUAUGCUCAUCCAAGCACUUGUUUACAAUAAUCAAGUUUGAGUUUUUAUGAUUCUUGGAUUACAGCAGUGCACACGUGUACAUAUCACAGUUUUUAUGAUUCUAGGAUUCAUCUUUCUUCCAAGUAAUCGCUGAUACAUUGUUUCUGAUUCAUGAUUUUUUCUGGUUCUUUCUUGCAGCUGUGAAGGACGGUGUCUGAGGUCAUUUCAUGCAACUAACAAUUCUGGUGAAGACUAUCCAAUCUUAGGACACAACAUGCAGCAAUUAGACGUAACUAUCACGAUCCUUCUAUAGUUUAACGAGUAUUAUGUUUUUCUGUAAAGCAUAGAAAUACUUAUUUUGUUAACGCAUAGAAAAUCAAUGACAAAAAUGUAGAGUUUUUA